UAAAAUUAUUAAUACGCCUCAUACACAGUAGGUAAGGUGUUGUUAAAGUAGACGCAUCUACUACACAGUACGCAAUAUUUAAACGGUGUUGAAAUCGCGAAAUAUUUAUAACAUACGAGAUAUUGAUAUGAAAUUCACUUUCGGCGAUCAACCAAAAUGGAUUCAAAGAUACAGGCUGAUUUGGAGGUGAUUGCCGCUGGCACAAGAGGAAUUUUGACCUCGCUGGAACAUAUCGAGGCACAUGGAGGGCAUGUUUGCAGAAACCAUGAUGUGCUGUCCGAGAUCGAACAUGACCUGCGGGUUCUAAAUGAACGGGUUACCUCCGCAGAGGAAUCCAUCAAAAGGCAACCAAACAUGGCACAACUGAAACACAGAUUCGACGAGAUACAAGAACAGAUGGAUGAAAUGCAACGAGUUUUCUCCAACGUACAUACUGGGACCUCUGCAAAAAGCGAACGCAUGGAUUCCUACCAUUUACCAAGAUCUUCAAGGGGAAUUUCUCUCCCACAAACUGCAUUAAACAAUCGCAAUGAGAAUGAGGUCCAGAAAUAUUCGACUGGUACAGUGCAAACAAACGUUGAUUCCCAAAGCAGCGAUCGGCAUUUAUCGACUUUAGACCGUGUACGAUUCACACAUAAGCCCGAUUCUACAGGUCCAAACUUACAGCCGACGCAAGAUAAUACAUCUGACGAAUCUGAUACGGAGCACAGUGAUCAAGAAUUAGUACAACAUACGCCGCCCGAACAAACUCGAGUUCGGAAUCAACCUCAAUUAGGUGUCGCACGUCAAGGAUUUCAACAACAAGCAUCCGAGACACUUAUGGAUACAGAGGCAUGGGUUGCAUUAGCAAACAGGGAGUUAGUGGAUGCGCGAUUACGCACACAGCCGCUGAGAGCUUUUCAUACCGUCCUGCUACUGGACAUAUCAGAAAGUAUGGCAUCUGGAAAUGCCUGGACCCAAGCAAAACAAUUCGUCAACGAUUUCAUGGAAGGUUUACAAGAACACGACCCCCUUUACCAGCCUACCGGGUUCAAUGAACACGUAGCGAUAGCCACGUUUGGUCAUAAAACCCAGCUGGAUGUAUUGAUGACGACUGACUUUAAAGCAGUUCGAGAUAAAAUAGACAACAUGAUGUUAGGCGGCCCUAGCCCUCUGUACGGAGGACUUAUGCUUGCUGCGGCGGGUGCUUUAUCUGCCCAAAAUGAAGCCCAACUGAUCAAUGGUUACGUUAUGCAUAACAAAAUCAUCGUUGUAACAGAUGGCCGUCCGACUGAGACUUCGAAAACAAUAGGACCUGACGUCGCGGACCAACGCACCCGUGAUCAGACUACUGUGGACAUAAUAAGAGCGAUGAACAUAAUAGACUCUAAACAGGUUUCUAUCCUGUACGUCGGAGUUGGUGAUUACGACAAGGAGUUUUUGGAAAUUUUGACCGCGGACUCGCCAUCCAGUACUGUUUUCACUUACAAAGACGGACGAAGACUUUCACGGCGCAAUUAUCUCUGUAUUAAAGUAUCAUUGAUGGAACUGACACUUGCUCAACUCGGACAUGGACUGGGAACGGAUACUUUGAUGAUAACAGCUCAAGAUAUUGAUGAUUUGCGCAGUAUAUACAUGACCUCACUGAAUUAUCACGAACGAAUGGAAAGGGACAAAAGCCAGAGUAGGGUAGAUACUUACCAUGAGAGCUCCAAUCCCCAGCUGCCGAUGAUUGGUACCCGUGUGGUCAGGGGGGUUGAUUGGAACCAUGGGGACCAGGAUAAGAAUGGACCGGGUACCAUAGUUGGUCAUGCCGUCGAUGAUGCCGUUGUUUGGGUGCACUGGGACGGCAGUACUGAAUUGCAUUGGUAUCCAUACGGGGAUAGAGGCUUUGCUGUCCUUAUUUCUGACGACGAGAGGCAAUUACGUCCCGGCGAAAUACUGGCAGUUGGAUGCCAUGUAAAACCGAUUUCUUACAGGUCUAAAUGCAAAAAUAGAUGGCGUGCAUGCUUGGAACCUUGGAGUUGUCAUUCGAGUAAAUCCACCAAAGGCACACGUGCGAUGGAACAAUGGAAAAAGAGGGGACUAUACCUUCGGCAUUGGUGACGAUGCUGAAAUAGAACUAAGCUCAGCGUCAAGGGAGAAUUGCGUCGGGGAAAUACCAGUGUCAAGAAAAGCAAAACGGACGAAGAAUAAAAACAAACAGAUAGAAAAUACCUGAUUCAUUUGUAAUGUCACAAUACAUGGUGACAUUAUCAUCAAUAAGACUGGGCAUGCUUACUAAUUUCUGUGAUACCUGUGAAUUACAAUGAUGAGUUAUUUGACAUGUCGCGUAUUAUAUUUACUCAUUUAUAUGUUUAUCGCUAUUAUUAUUAUACUAGAAUAUGUAUUCUGAGUUCAAUAAUAAAAACUUCACAUGUAAAUAAAACAAACACUAUAAUUGUAUAAUAAUAUUGUUAUUAUUGAA